ACAUUUAUUCAUUUCCCUUUGACUUGCAGUUCUGUUCAAAUCUAAAAGACACCCAACUGCUAUACAGAUCGAACAAUCAUGGCAUCAUCAUCAUCAUCAUCAUCAUCAUCACUUACAUCCGAGUCUUAUCAGUUGUGGAACCAUGAUGUGUUUCUCAGUUUUAGAGGAGAAGACACCCGUAAGACCUUUGUAGAUCAUCUCUACUCUGCUCUUACACAACACGGCAUUCACACUUACAAGGACGACGAAGCACUUCCUAGGGGAGAGUCCAUUGGGCCAGCCCUCUUGAAAGCCAUAUUUGAAUCUCGGGUUGCUGUCAUCGUAUUCUCGGAGAAUUAUGCCGAUUCUUCAUGGUGCUUGGAUGAACUUGCAUAUAUUAUGAAAUGCAUGGAGGAGAGAGGGCAAAUCGUUAUCCCCAUAUUCUAUCACGUGGACCCCUCUGAUGUAAGAAAACAGAAAGGGAAAUAUGGAGAAGCAUUUGUGAAACAUGAUGAGUUGGAAUAUCAGAACAAGGAUAAAGUUGAAUCAUGGAGAAAAGCACUAGCGGCUGCUGGUAGCCUUUCUGGAUGGGUACCUGAGCACACUGCAAAUGGGCAUGAGUCAAAGUUCAUAAAAGAAAUUGUCGACACAAUUUCUCAUAAGUUAUAUUCGUUAGUUUCAAAUGAGGAUGAACCCCUCAUUGGGAUGGAGACUCGUGUGCAAGCUUUGAAGUUUAAAUUAGAAAUUGGGUCUGGUGGUGUGCUCAUGAUUGGAAUAUGGGGGGUCGGUGGUGGUGGUAAGACUGCUCUUGCAUCUUCUGUUUAUUAUAACGUUUCUGGCAAAUUUGAUAAUUGUUGCUUUGUUAAAAAUAUCCGGGAGAAGGCAAGUAGGUAUGGUUUGGAAGAGCUGCAAGAAAACUUUCUCUCUGCUGUUUUAACACAAAAUAAAGUGAAAAUUGGGAGAGUUGAGGAAGGAAGGCGGCUGAUUAAGAGCAGGUUAUGCCAUAGAAAGGUCUUGAUUGUUCUUGAUGAUGUCAAUCACAUUGACCACUUAAAGGCAUUAGCCGGAUCACAUAGUCGGUUUGGUGAAGGAAGCCGAAUUAUAAUAACAACUAGAGAUGAGAAUUUACUAAACGCUCAUAAAGUGAAUGUGAUACAUCAUAUUAGCUUGUUAGAUGAUGCUGAGGCUAUGGAGCUCUUUAGCAAGCAUGCAUCUGGGGUUUACAGACCUACCGAAGAUUACGAGCUGCUUUCAAAAGAUGUGGUUUCUUAUGCUAAUGGGCUCCCGUUAGCACUUAAAGUUUUGGGUUCUUUUUUAUGUGACAAAGAUAUGAAUGAGUGGAAGAGUGCAUUAGCUAGACUGAAAGAACUCUCUCAUGAUGAUAUUCUGGGAACUCUAAAAAUUAGCUAUGAUGGGCUUAAAGACAUAGAAAAAAGGUUGUUCCUUGAUAUUGCAUGUUUUUUAGGAGAAAAAAAUAAAGUUUUUGCAAUGGAUAUCUUUGAUGCUUGUGGUCUUUACCCUGUUAUAGGUGUAAAAGUGUUGAUUCAAAAGGCUCUCAUAACUAUUUCAGGAUGUACGUUUGAUAUGCAUGAUUUGGUACAAGAAAUGGGAUACAACAUUGUUAGAGGAAAACAUCCUAAUAAUCCUGAAAAACAUAGUAGGAUUUGGGAGAAGAAAGAUGUUCCAACUAUAUGGGCUAUGGAUGCAACGAAGGAACUCGACAAGAUUGAAGCAAUAAGUCUUGGUUCCUAUAUGUAUGAUUCGUUGUCACAUCAUAAUCGUCAUGUUAUUUCAAACAUGAAGAAACUCCGGUGGAUUGAUUGGAGUGAUCGUCAUGCGAGUUCAUUGCCCAAAAAUUUUCCACCAGGGGAGCUAUGUUGUCUAAUAUUGAGAGGCGGUCAGCAAAGACAACUUUGGAAGGGUUGUAAGUCUUUGCCAAACUUGAAAAUGAUCAAACUUCAAUUUUUUGAUAACCUGAUCGUUACACCAGACUUGGCGGACUUCCAAAUCUGGAAAAAUUCACGCUUUCUGAUUGUCCACAUGUGGAGGAGAUUCAUCCAUCGAUCGGACGCUUGGAAAGACUUGUUUAUUUAAGCAUAGAAAGCUGUUACAGAUAUAAGAUGUUUCCACCCAUGAAUGUGAUAAAGAAACUCGAGACUCUUAUAAUCUCAGACUGCAAGAAACUUUCUAAGAUUGAGAAAAAAGUCGCUUCCUUUGGACAACACUUUACAAAACUUUGUGUUACUUGUUUUCCAUGUUGUCACAGCAGCAAUGCUUAUGACGAUGAAGUAUCUGAGCCUUUCAUACUUCAAAAGGGCAUGAACCAUAUAGGGUUACAAGUUGUAAGCAGGUGCUUAAAAAGUUGACUCUCAGACAAUGCCAUUUGGGAGAUGAAGACAUUGACUAUGAUGCUUGGGACUUGCCCAACUUAAUAGAUCUGGAUCUUUCAAUAAACUUAAUUUCACGACUAAAUUUUAGCAUCUUGAAAGUUCCUCGACUCAAAUGGCUUGAUGUGUCGCAGUGCAGAAGCCUUGUGGAAUUGCGGGGGCUUCCAUCAAGUUUAGUUUCUCUUAGAGCAGACUGGUGUUACUCGCUUGAAGUUGUUGGAAAGACAUCAAGUAAAUGGUUGUGGAAUGUCUCGGUUUUUGGAAGGAAUAGUGGACUAAGUGCACCGGGUGGUGACAUGUUACUAGAUUCUAUUCUCCAGGGAAAUGCUAUUGAAGAUCACUUUAUCAGUUUCACCCAUUCUGCAGGGCGACACAUUCCAGAGAGGUUAAAUUACUUGAUGAUGAUAUUAAUGAGUUAAAAGAUGGUCAUUUUAUGAAGCUUUGGAAGAAAGUCAAGAUCAAGUCCAUGUGAAUUGUUAAUCUCAAUUGUUCGACUUUUUAACUAGAAGGCCUUUUGACCGAAAAGAUGCAAUUCACGGCUGAGAAUAAUGGAAAAGCUUUUAAUUGGUUUUGGGUCAAAAAGACUAUGGCAUUAAUUCUAUAUUUUGAGUUACAUAGACAUAUGAUGUCGAUGUCAACAGAGGAGAAAAAAAAAAAGAAUUUAUUAGCAAUGUAAUAUGUGGUGGUGAAUUUGUGGACUA